AUGCCCAACCUGACACUCCAACCCCGUCCUCCCCCUAACCUCUUCACGCCCACCCUGACACUCCAACCCUGUCCUCCCCCUAACCUCUUCACGCCCACCCUGACACUCCAACCCCGUCCUCCCCCUAACCUCUUCACGCCCACCCUGACACUCCAACCCCGUCCUCCCCCUAACCUCUUCACGCCCACCCUGACACUCCAACCCUGUCCUCCCCUUAACCUCUUCACGCCCACCCUGACACUCCAACCCCGUCCUCCCCCUAACCUCUUCACGCCCACCCUGACACUCCAACCCCGUCCUCCCCCUAACCUCUUCACGCCCACCCUGACACUCCAACCCUGUCCCCCCCUUAACCUCUUCACACCCACCCUGACACUCCAACCCCGUCCUCCCCCUAACCUCUUCACGCCCACCCUGACACUCCAAUCCCGUCCUCCCCCUAACCUCUUCACGCCCACCCUGACACUCCAACCCCGUCCUCCCCUUAACCUCUUCACGCCCACCCUGACACUCCAACCCUGUCCCCCCCUUAACCUCUUCACGCCCACCCUGACACUCCAACCCCGUCCUCCCCCUAACCUCUUCACGCCCACCCUGACACUCCAACCCCGUCCUCCCCCUAACCUCUUCACGCCCACCCUGACACUCCAACCCCGUCCUCCCCUUAACCUCUUCCCGCCCACCCUGACACUCCAACCCCGUCCUCCCCUUAACCUCUUCACGCCCACCCUGACACUCCAACCCCGUCCUCCCCCUAACCUCUUCACGCCCACCCUGACACUCCAACCCCGUCCUCCCCCUAACCUCUUCACGCCCAUCCUGACACUCCAACCCCGUCCUCCCCCUAACCUGUUCACGCCCACCCUGACACUCCAACCCCGUCCUCCCCCUAACCUCUUCACGCCCACCCUGACACUCCAACCCCGUCCUCCCCUUAACCUCUUCACGCCCACCCUGACACUCCAACCCCGUCCUCCCCCUAACCUCUUCACGCCCACCCUGACACUCCAACCCCGUCCUCCCCCUAACCUCUUCACGCCCACCCUGACACUCCAACCCUGUCCUCCCCCUAACCUCUUCACGCCCACCCUGACACUCCAACCCCGUCCUCCCCCUAACCUCUUCACGCCCACCCUGACACUCCAACCCCGUCCUCCCCCUAACCUCUUCACGCCCACCCUGACACUCCAACUCCGUCCUCCCCCUAACCUCUUCACGCCCACCCUGACACUCCAACCCCGUCCUCCCCUUAACCUCUUCACGCCCACCCUGACACUCCAACCCCGUCCUCCCCCUAACCUCUUCACGCCCACCCUGACACUCCAACCCCGUCCUCCCCCUAACCUCUUCACGCCCACCCUGACACUCCAACCCCGUCCUCCCCCUAACCUCUUCACGCCCACCCUGACACUCCAACCCCGUCCUCCCCCUAACCUCUUCACGCCCACCCUGACACUCCAACCCCGUCCUCCCCUUAACCUCUUCACGCCCACCCUGACACUCCAACCCCGUCCUCCCCUUAACCUCUUCACGCCCACCCUGACACUCCAACCCCGUCCUCCCCUUAACCUCUUCACGCCCACCCUGACACUCCAACCCCGUCCUCCCCUUAACCUCUUCACGCCCACCCUGACACUCCAACCCCGUCCUCCCCCUAACCUCUUCACGCCCACCCUGACACUCCAACCCCGUCCUCCCCCUAACCUCUUCACGCCCACCCUGACACUCCAACCCCGUCCUCCCCCUAACCGACCUAAUACUGAGACAGCAGAAUUCCUUUGCUCAGAUAGGGCAAGUAUAUGCAGCCUUCAACACAUUUGUUUGCUACAUAGUUUUCAACUGAACAGUAUUCAUCAGUAUAUUUCACAGGCAAACUGA